CUUGGGUUGAACCGGCGGCCCGCGCCUCCUCCCGACGCCUUUCCGCUCUCCCGCGGGCUCUUCCUGCCACGCUCUGGCCACGCCCCCGCGACUGUCCGCUAGCCAUGGCGGCGCGGGUGUGUGCACGGUGCCUCCCUCGGGCGUGGCUCUGCAGGCGAGCCAGGCAGGGCUACGGCCGGCAUUACCGCGCCGCGCUCUGCGCCGAGCUGAAGCAGCCCCUGGCCAUUGGAGACGUGGCUCGCCGACCUGUCCAGCCUCACGAGGUCAGAGUUGAUGUCCAUUUCUGUGGAGUUAACUUUGCUGAUAUUUUGGUAUGUCGUGGUCAAUAUCAGGAAAAGCCUCCCCUUCCCUUUACACCUGGAUUGGAGUUUUCUGGGACAGUGCUGGAGACAGGUGCAGAUGUCAGCACCGUGAAAGAGGGAGAUCGAGUUAUUGGUGUGAGCAACUUUAAUGCUAUGGCUGAAGAAUGCGUCACUGACCAGAAGACCCUGUGGAAAAUUCCAGAAAAGGUCUCUCUCCAGGAAGCUGCAGUCCUACCUGUAUCUUAUGGUACUGCUAUUUUCGCUCUAGAGCAUCGUGCCCGUACCCAGCCCAGAGAAACUGUUUUAGUGACAGCAGCAGCUGGAGCUACAGGCCUUGCCAUGAUAGACGUGGCAACAAAUGUUCUUCAGGCCAAGGUCAUAGCUGCAGCUGGAAGUGAUGAGAAGUGCAAGCUGGCAAUGCAGAGGGGUGCACAGUCCAGUGUGAACUACAGCCAGGGCAGCCUGAAGGAGGCGGUGAAGAAGCUGGUGGGCAGCAGAGGGGUGAAUGUAGCCAUUGACAUGGUGGGAGGAGAUGUCUUCCUGGAGUCUCUCCGCAGCCUUGCAGGGGAGGGCCGGAUUGUGGUGGUGGGAUUUGCUGGAGGAAACAUUGCAUCUCUGCCCACCAACCUGUUGCUCCUGAAGAACAUCUCUGCUAUGGGUCUGCGCUUGGGUCACUAUCAACACCAGGACUUUGCAGUCUUUUCCAAGACUCUAUCCUCAGCCUUGCAGUACUGUCAGCAAGGGCUUAUCCAGCCACACACUGGUGCCGUGUUCAACCUGGAGAAGAUCAAUGAUGCCUUUCUUCAUGUGUUACAGCGCAAAUCCACGGGCAAGGUGCUCCUCUCCCUUAAAUAACCUCCCUACAGCCUAAACCUGAAUCUCCUUCCAGGGAUUUAAAGGUGUUCCUUUAAAUCCUACUGACCUGGGCUUCACAUCUUAGAGCCAGACCCCCUUGAUUCUCUUUUCUUAUUGCUCAUUGUUAGUGUGAUCAUAGAGCUUGGAUCUUAUUGAGGAUAAAAGGGUAUUAUUAGUAAUUAUACAAGGAAAACAUGUCCCAGGCAAGCAAGGAUGUGUGAUCACCCAAGUCAAUGUGUCAGUUGACAAGUCUGCUGCUCCCACCUGUGAAAUGUCCCUCAACUCUAUUCCUCCCUCUUUUUCUAUUCUGACUGUCUCACCUGCUAUUUCCAGUGCCUUCUAGCUGGCUUUCCUGCUGUUAAACUUCCCCAUAUCCCCCAUCUGAGUUACACAUUACUGCCCGGUGGUGGUCUCCAUGAAACAGCUCAGAUUAUGUCUUAUCUCAGGAAACUGGUAGUGGCUUACCAUUGCCUGUAUGGUGGAGUUCAGACUCCUUGAGCCCCACUGCAUCUCAUUCUGAUGAUUUUGCCCCAUUUUACCUUCCAGCAUCAUUUCCACAGUUUCCCUAGUCCCUAAGGAUGCCCCGGCCUCCCUCCUGCACUGCUCCUGCAGUGUCCUCCACACAUCUCUAAGACCUUCCUCACCUGCAAGGCCUGCCUUCUCCAGGUGCCUUCGUUCUCUGGAGAGUUCUGCUCUCUCUUCUGCUGCCUUUCUGUGGCUCCUUCUGCAGGGUGUACCACUUCUUUGCAUCAUAGGGACCAGCAUGUGUAGCAAGCAUAGGAACAGGGGCUUCUGAAUCUAAGAUAUGGGCUUGAAUCCCAACCUCCCCAUUGUGGCCAGGCUACUUAAGGGCUUGGCAUUUUGUUCUUCACUUAAAAUAUCUAUCUCAUGCAAGUGAUUGGGUAAAGCCCCUGCAGAUGGCAAUGAGUUAGUGACUGAAUGCUUUUACUUUCUGUCCCUUCCCUUCAACAUUUACAAUCUCCUUAAAAGCUGGUACCAUGUCUGAAUCACCUGGUGACUUCCUGUACUUCCCAUCAUUGUGGGUUACCCUUGACAGAUAUAUAAUAAAUGGAAUUCAAUUGGAAUGACUUGA